CGCUGCUCAGCCGCCUGCUUCAGACAAGAGGAACAGCUUCAGCUGCCGCUUCAGUAGCCGAGCGAGCGAGCGCACAAUAGCCGCACGGACAGAACGGGAGCUCUAUACGGAUAAACGCGCCGUCGUAUCACUUGGAUUAUUACCGCUUCUUCGUUUUCUCUCUUUUGUGAUAUACUAAUGCUGAUCGGACACGUUAUCGAUCACCAAACGCUAGCGCCAUGAGCGGGGUUCUCAAGAGGAAGUAUGAGGAGGUGGAGGAGGACCAGUGCUACUCUUCCUCCUCCCCUUCCUCUCUCUCCUCCUCUGCCUACUCUGAGUGGGACUCGGAUGGGGAGAGCUGCUACUCCGACACCCUGGAUUCGACCCCCAGCAACCCCAGCUCCCCUGCAACAUCCUUCAACACCACAUCUAUCCUGAAGAAGGCCAAGCGCACACGGCGAGGCAACGUGCAGUUUGACCAGGUCACGGUCUUCUUCUUUCCUCGCUGUCAGGGGUUCACCAGCGUGCCCAGCCGGGGAGGUUGCACCCUUGGCAUGGUGCAGAGGCACAGCGCCCAGCGCCGCUACACGUUAGCAGAGUUCGCCAUAGCACAGCGCCACCUACGGCGAGAGAAAAUCAAAAACCGAUUGAGGGAGGAGAAACUGGAAGCUCUUAAACUGAAGCUUACCAAAAAUGGUACCGAGGAAUCUGAAGAGGCCGACAAGUUGACUAUCGAUGACAUCCCAGAGGAUGAAAUCGACCUCAGUGGAGUAAACGUGGAUGAUGGCUCCUUCCUGCAUCCCUACCCGUCUAAGAAAAGAUACGCCAUCCUCAAAGCCGCUGGCGUGAAGAAAAUCGAUAAAGAUGAAAAGCGCCAACUGCAUGAGUUGCGGGCGUCAAGAGAAGACUGUGGAUGCGACUGCCAGGGCUUCUGCGAGCCGGAGAGCUGCAGCUGUAGUUUGGCUGGGAUCAAAUGUCAGAUGGACCAUUCAUCCUUCCCAUGUGGCUGCACUAAAGACGGCUGUGGCAACACGGAAGGCCGCAUCGAGUUCAACUCCAGCCGAGUUCAGACCCACUACAUCCACACCAUAAUGAAGCUAGAGUUGGAGAAGCGUCUGGAGGAGCACACGCCAGAGAGCGAGACGCCCUCUGAAGACCAGCCAGACUGCAGUUCCCCAAGCCAACCAGCAGAGAGCAGCACUACGCCAGACAGACCCACGUUUCACUUCAACUCGGAGCUAGUAGCCGCGGGAGAGAACAGCUGUAGCAGCGACAUGACCGAUUCGUCUAGUUCUUCAAGCCAGAGCGAGGACUCAGAAUCUGUCGAAAACACUCAGAGCGAGCAGUCGUCGUUAGACGUCGAUGAAAACGGACUUACGAGAAUCUUAAGCUUUAGCGACACGGACAAUGAGGACUGUUCUGUUAGGGAGCGCAACAACAACUGCGACUACCAGAAAAAGAGCGAGUCAAUGGGCUACGGCAUUUUCAGCACGAUGGACGACAGGCUCAGCACGUCACAAAUGGACAACAGCCACACAGCUAUGUCUGAGCUCUUAGAUGAGAACGCUAAUCAAGGUAACGCGCUGUUCCACAGCAUCUCCGUCCCGCACACGCCCUCGCCUUCUAUCGAUCACUCGGCUAGCUACAUGGACUUGAGCCUGUCGUCCGAAUCAGACCUGGAGUUCUUCGACGGAUUUCCUUGUCUCGGACCGAGCUCGUUGUACAACUCCUUAAAGGAGUACGAACACGUGGACAACUUCUUUCAAUUCCAGUUGCCUACUUACCCCAGCCUUCCGCAAGCCGCCGACCCGGGAACGUGUCUCCUGGAGUCUCUGAUCGGCUUGUCGGAUUCUGUCCCUGAACCUCCGGCCACUUUCACAGACAAUCAGAUGCUAGAAGAUGCCAUGAAGCUGUCCGUGAUGGAGUCUGUAAAAGUCUAACAGGGGCUUUUCUGUACAAAUGAACUUGGGGAUUGUAAAUGAAUGCUAUGUUUUGUUUUUCUUUACUUUAUGGAGACCCUCCAUCCCAGGAUAUCAAUAUUUGCAUUAUCUGCCUUUAAGAUGUUAGCGAAGCAUUAAGUUAUUAUAACAAUCUUUAUUAUCAUUAUUGCCAUUGCUGUGGCAGCUAACAUUUCAGUUCAGUCUGGCCGACUGAUUUUUGAAUAUUUGUACAUAUGGCCAGGAAGGUGAAGAACUUCUCACCCACUUUGGUGGUAUUAUCAACAUUUACCAUUAUUAUUAUUAUUAUGCUAAGGUUAUUUAUAUGAAUUCAGAAGGGGCACCAAUGGGAGUCAUAAUGCUGAUUAUGUAUCUCAGGGACUUUUUCUAGCUUUCAGAAGCAAUGCAUUUUGACCAUCGCUGUUAUUUGGCAUUUUUUCCAGAGAAUUUCCACCAAAACAAGCAGCAUUUAAACAACCCCCUUUGGAGGGGUAUCAGUCUCGGUCAUUUUUGGACCGAGACGGUGGUCUGUACUUUUUUUUGCAAAGCUAGAGGAAGACUCCUGUACCACAAAACGGCUCCUUGGGAUUUUCUAACGGUACUCGAAUCCCCCAGAGGCUCCUCAGUUAGCACUUUAUCUGUGAAAAAAAAGAACCAAUCAGAGCGCAGACGUUGCCUCUGAAUCCAAGAUUGUUUUCAUGCCAUUUUAUGGUGUUGGAUCAUCAGCACAAGGUGGAGAAAAGUGAACGUGUUCCUUUUAAUUUAUUCUACACGCCGCAGAUAUCGCCUAAUGUGAGUUAACUGUGAUAUCUGUUGACCAUUAUUGCUUUUAUUUAUUCUUAUCGAGUUAUUUAUUUUUUUUCUCCAAAUGCCAGCUGAAUAUUAUCUGAGCCACACUGUGCUCUGGAGAAGAGGAAAUAAUGCAGCUUGUUCACGUUUCUCACCUACGUUAACCUGUGUGAAGCACAUCUUUUUGUUUCAGCUGUGGAGGAAGGGGCACCAACUGCAAAGUAUUUAAUAAUCUAUAAUUCUAUGAAGUAACACUUUCGGUUAAAUUAUUUCACGUUUAGCAUUUCAGCAUUAGAACUUAAUUUAUUCAUGGUUCGGGCAAUAAAGAAAACAAAGGAGAAGUUUAGUCUUUGUGCCUGUUAACACGAGGAGUCGCUGUUUCUUGUUUAACGAACGAGAUGAUGCUGUAUAACCUACCUAUUGAUUAAAAAUCAGAGUUUCCGAUGAUGUUGCCUAUGAUAUAGAGAAUUAACAUUUUGUAACUAUGUAGAUUUGAGAGAAUUCUAAUCUGUUUAUUGACAAAUUAUUUUAUUAAGAAAUGAAAUCCACAUUGUUCUUCGAAUAUCAAAACAUUUGUAAUAUAUUAAUAGAGCUAAAUCUAUGCUUGAAUGAAAAUGUAUUCUGGCCAGGCAUAAAGCGGGGUUUACUUACGAUGUAACUACCUAAACAAAUUUACCAAGAUUGUACUCUAGUUGAGUGAACACCACUGACAACAUGAAUUGUGGGUAUAAAUUUAGUAGUUUCCAAAACGUUUUGUUGAUUUAAAAACCUGCAUAUAUUAUGCAACCUGUAUCAUAUGCAAAUUUGUGUUGCCCGUAUGGUUUCCACUUCACGGUGAAGACGUUUAAGUUUGUAUGUUUCUGAAUGAGCUUUGAGGAAAUGAAUCGAUGUACAUAUCCGACCAUCCAGACUUCAGCUGUCGGCGCAGAGUUAUUUGACCCGAUAGGAGCAUUUGCAUGCAAGACCCGUUCAUUUGUCUCAGUACUACAUGCGUUUAGAGCAAAACAUGCACAAUCAGAAAUGUAUUUGCUUUAUUUUUGCCUUCACGUAAGCUAAUAGCUUCAUUCAUUUGAGUCCAGCUUUCUUAUUCCCUUGUAAAGAUGUAUCACCUCAUCGCGAUGAAAUGGAAAUGAUUGGUAUUUAUUAGUCAUGAUUGAUGUAUGUUUUUGAUCUCUGAUGCUUUUCAAAGUGUUUCUUACUUCUGCCUUUUUGUUGUAUAUAUUUUCUGCUUCAAUGAAACUAAAGACAAAACCAAGCAGUUCUUUUAUAUUAUAUAUUUUCACGCUUAACAGUUUAAAGCUGUUCAUUUCAUUCAAGUCAUUUGACAGUAGUUUGUCCCUUCAAAAUAAAGUCAAGCUUUUUCUUA